CUGCAUUGUUUUGUGACCGAAUUUGUGAUUUGCAAUUUAAACUGAAUAUCACUAAUAGAAACAACAAAUCGUAGUUGUUAAUAACAUAAAAAUGUCCGUCAAAGAGAAAGAAUUCUUUGGUCCGUUGACCCUUCACGAAAAAACCGAAUGCCCUUCUAUUUUCAAAAGCGAAGAUGUGGCUGAGUGUUCAUGUGUUUUGUGUGAAGAAAAUUUCUUAUUGCCAUCAAAUGAGAAGGAUCUGCUUACCCAUUUGUUUAUGAAGCACCGUCUAGUUAUAGCUGAUGUCAACCAAAUCGCAGAUUUGAAAGAAUACUUGCGGUACUGGCGACUUCGAUUUAAAGAUCAGAACCUGCCAUACUUCUGCACUACAAUGUUGCUUGACAACAAGCCAGAUGGUACAAAAUCCAAAAAUGAAGAAUAUUAUUUACUUAGUGAUGUUCUACCUGAAGAUAAGGAACUCCGCACAAACCUGCAGCAGACAAGGCUAGAAAAAUUACUAGAAAGACAUCAAUUUGAACGGGAAGAUAAAAACUAUGUACGAGAAUGCCUGUUUUGCCGUAACAUAUCAACAACAACUAGAGCAAAUUACCUUAACCAUUUAUAUGAGAAACACAAUUUUCACAUUGCUAAACCAGACAAUUUAAUAUUUAUAGAUGAAUUAGUAAACACAAUAGCAACUAAAUUAGAAAAAUUACAAUGUAUAUUCUGCGAAGGUAAUUUCAAAGACCGCACUAUACUUAAAGAACAUAUGCGUAAAAAAGGGCACAAGAGAAUUAAUCCAGAAAAUAAGGAAUAUGACAAAUUCUUUUUAGUCAAUUAUGUAGGUGAUAAACAGCAAAGUAAACAGCAUUAUAGAUUAAAUAAAAAUCAUAAUGUUAGGAAAACAGUGGAUUUCGAAAAUGAUUCUAAUGUAGACAGUGAUCCGGAGUGGUCAGAUUGGACUGAAGAAAAUGGUCCGCUCAUAACCUGCCUCUUAUGCGAACAUACUGAGAAAGAAUACGAUAAAAUAUUAAACCACAUGGAGAAACAACAUGAAUUUUCCUUCAUGAAAGUUACGGAGGGAAUGGAUUUCUAUCACAAAGUCAAAAUAGUGAACUACAUACGUCGGCAAAUACAUUUAAAGCAAUGCUUGUCUUGUGAUACAAAGUUCGAUGAUGCGAAGAACUUGGAGAAGCAUUUGAAAGAAACUAAACACUGGGAAUUGUGUAAGGAAAAGUGGGACCAACCAGAAUACUAUUUUCCAACUUACGAAGAUGAUUUGUUCCUGUGUUUCAUUCAGGAUGAUGAUGAAAGUUGGUGGUCAAAUGAUGAUCAGGAGAUUGAAAAACGUAACAGUAUGUCCGAUAGUAUAUCUAAAGAAAUGGCUAUGGCUGUUCUUGGCGAUUGAAUGCUAGACUCUGAUAUU